GGGCUGCAGCUGAUCUGCAAUCAGGAGCCUGGUGCUGCGCUGCGCCACCGCUCCGGCUCUCUCUCCCCAUCGGAGACCGAGGAGAGGGUUGGGAUGAGGAGGAAUAGCCGAAGGGAGGGAUGGCUGAGUUACACGGAGAGAAACACCCUCACACGCCUCCACUCACUUAGUAUCCGAAGACAGGAGGAGCGAGAAGAGGAGGAAAAGGAGCGCGUCGGGAGGCAGCAGCAGCCGAUGUUCAGAGGCGUCUCUUUUGGGAUAAAAGGACGCGUUGGAUUCAUGAGUACAGAGGUGUAAACAGCUGGAUGUGAGGAUGUUGUCGACAGGAGGGGUCAGGUGGUGCUGGUGGGCUCUACUGGUGAUGCUGGCUCUUGUUUCCUGUUUCCCCAGUAAAGCUCAGAGUCAGGUUGCAGCUCCUCGGAGGCUUCGCUUCAAGGUGCAGAGUCCCAGCAAACUCCUCGUUGCGUGGAGGGAACCCAAAGGAGACGUCGACAGCUAUUUAUUUUUCUACAACAGCAUACCAGGUGGUCAACAGAAGGAGAUCAUCGUGUCUAAAUCUGACACUAAGGUGUUGAUAACGGACUACAAACCCUCUAAGGACUAUGUUUUCAGUGUCAUCGCUGUCAGAGGUGGAGAGCAGAGCAGACCACUUCAGAGCAGAUUUAAAGCUCAUACAAAAGAACGAGGACAUACUGAUGGACAGGACAAAACGGAGGCCCAGCGACUGACGGAUCCUGUGGGACCUACUGAGGAUGCCAACGAGAUCUCUGGAGCCGAUCAGUUUGUGUGCCACACCGAGGCCGUUGCAGAUAUUGUGAUCCUGGUUGAUGGUUCUUGGAGUAUUGGGAGGAUCAACUUCAAGCUGGUCCGGAUAUUUCUGGAAAAUCUGGUCAAUGCCUUUGAUAUAGGCAUUGACAAGACAAGGAUAGGUCUGGCGCAGUACAGCGGCGAUCCCAGGAUCGAGUGGCAUCUAAAUACUUACUCCACUAAAGAUGCAGUCAUCGAUGCAGUCAAGAACCUGCCCUACAAAGGAGGAAACACUCUCACAGGCCUAGCAUUGACUUUUAUCCUGGACAACUGUUUCAAGCCUGAAUCUGGCUCUCGUGUCGGGGUGCCGAAGAUUGGGAUCCUCAUCACAGAUGGAAAAUCCCAGGAUGAUGUGAUGCCACCAGCAGAAAGCCUGAGAAAGGCUGGUGUUGAGCUGUUCGCUAUCGGUGUAAAGAACGCUGACGAGAAUGAGCUGCGCUCCAUCGCCUCCGAGCCAGAGGACACUCACGUCUACAAUGUGGCUGACUUCAACAUUAUGAGCUCUAUAGUCGAGGGGUUGACAAAAAUAGUGUGUGAGCAAGUGGAGCAGCAAGACAAAGACAUCAAGCAGAAAUUUGUACCGGAGGAAACAGGAAUGCCACUCCGCCUGGUGACAUCAGAAGUCACUGCGCAAAGCUUUCGGGUCUCAUGGAGCCCUGCUCCUGGGAACGUAGACGAAUACAGAGUGGUUUAUCAUCCUGUUCAGGGAGGAGAGCCGCUAGAGGCUGUGGUGUCUGGCGAUGAGACGUCAUUGGUGUUACAGAACCUCAGCUCUCGAACGGAGUAUCAGCUCGCCGUGUUUGCCGUGUAUGCAAAUGAGGCAAGUGAAGCUCUGAGAGGAUCAGAAACCACCUUGGCUCAUCCAGCAGUGGCCAUCCUUCAGCUGUUUGAUGUGACUCAAAGCUCCAUGACAGCGAGAUGGAAGAAAGUAGGUGGAGCCUCAGGCUACCUGGUGUUGUACGCCCCUCUCGUAGAAGAUGGUGACUUGGACAGGAAGGAGGUGAGUGUAGCUGAUGCAGUCAUGGAGCUGGAGCUGGAAGGUUUGAUGCCUGACACUGAAUACGCCGUGACGGUUUAUGCCAUGUAUGGAGAGGAGACCAGCGACCCAGUUACAAUCCGAGAAACGACGUUACCAUUGAGUUCCCCCAAGAAUCUCCAGUUUUCUGGCAUCACUCACAACUCAGCCCACAUCAGCUGGGACCCAGCAUCCGGUGAAGUCAAAGGCUACCGCAUCAAGUGGGUCAUGACUGAUGGACAAGUCACUAAGGAGGUGGAGGUGGGCCCAGUGACCUCUUACGACCUUAAGGAGCUGGCAUCCCUGAUGGAGUACUUUGUAGCCAUCUUUGCCGUGCACAGCGAGGGACAGUCAGCACCGCUCACCGAUGGCUUCACUACCACUCCAGUCCCCGGUCCUCUAAACCUACAUUCCAGUAAUGUCAAGGCAGACAGCUUUAAGGUCAGCUGGGAUCACUCAGCCAAGGACAUCGUUCUCUACAGACUCUCCUGGGCACCAUUCGCUGGUGGUGACACAAAGGAGGUGAUCCUGAGUGGAAGUGAAAACCAAUACGUUCUCACAGAUCUAAGUCCCUCUACGGAAUACGAAGUCUUGCUGACGGCCGUUUUCACAGACGAAUCGGAGAGCGACGCCGUCUCUGUCAUAGCAACCACACUGGCGCGUAAGGCUGUGAGAAACCUUUCCCUGACGGAUGAGACCACCCAGAGCUUGGAUGCAUCUUGGGAGCUGGAAGACCCCAAUGUGGACAGCUACAGGAUUUCCUAUGUCAGCCUCAGUGGGAACCACAACAAGGAGGCUGUGUCAGUUGGUGGUGAUCAGAAACGUGCGGUUCUCCAGCCUUUAAAACCGGACACCCAGUAUAGAGUGACAGUCACACCAGUGUACAGAGAUGGACAAGAUGGCACAAAUGUUUCUGCUGUGGGUUCAACAUUCCCACUCCUGACAGCCGAAAACCUCCGUGUGUCAGAGGAGUCGUACAACCGCUUCAGGGUCUCUUGGGAUCCACCUCAGGCUCCUACUGUGGGCUACAGGAUUGUCUACCAGCCUGUCUAUGCUCGAGGUUCAGUUUUGGAGACGACAGUGGGCGAAGAUGUGAACUCCAUUCUUCUUCUAAACCUGCUGAGUGGGACCGAGUACAACGUCCAAGUGACAGCGUCCUAUCCUGCAGGACAGAGUGAACCGAUGCUGAUUAAUGCAAAGACAUUGUUUCUGGGUGUCUCUGGCUUGUCCGCCUACCAGGUGCGUCCCAACAGCAUGUGUGUUCAGUGGCAACCCCUUCUACAGGCUACGUCAUACAGGGUCUCUAUACAGUCAACACUCAAUGAUCAGAGGCAGGAAGUGAACCUGGGGGGCGCAGCUUCCCGUCAGUGUUUCUAUGAUCUGACUCCCAGCAGCCAAUACCAGAUCAGUAUUUACACACAGACACGUGAAAUGGAAGGACCGUCUGUAUCCAUCACAGAGAUGACACUGCCGGCCCCUACUCAGGCCCCGACUGAACCCCCCACCACAGAGUCCCCACCUACCCUCCCACCUGCCAAAGAAGUGUGCAAGGAGGCCAAGGCAGACCUGGUGUUCCUGGUGGAUGGCUCCUGGUCCAUCGGAGACGACAACUUUAUGAAGAUCACACAUUUUCUCUACAGCACCAUGGGAUCAUUGGAUCAGAUCGGACCAGACGGCACCCAGGUGGCCGUCGCUCAGUUCAGUGAUGAUGCACGGACGGAGUUCCAGCUGAGUUCCCAUGGCAACAAGGAAGCCCUGCUAGAAGCGAUACAGAAGAUCCAGUACAAGGGAGGAAACACCAAAACAGGUCGAGCCAUCAAACAUGUGAAGGAAUCCAUUUAUACACCAGCAGCAGGAGCCAGGAGGGGCGUUCCUAAAGUCCUGGUUGUUCUGACUGAUGGACGUUCACAAGAUGAUGUAAACAAAGUGUCCAGAGAGAUGCAAAUGGAAGGCUACAUCAUCUUUGCCAUCGGCUUUGCGGAUGCAGACUACGGAGAGCUGGUGAACAUUGCCAGUAAACCCAGUGAUCGGCACGUCUUUUUUGUGGAUGAUCUGGACGCUGUGAAGAAAAUAGAAGAGCAGCUCAUCACCUUCGUCUGUGAGGCUGCAACUGCCACAUGUCCAUCGGUUUUGAUGGGUGGUAACACGAUGGCAGGUUUCAGGAUGAUGGAGAAGUUUGGCCUGGUGGAGAAGGAGUACAGCUCCAUACCUGGAGUUUCUCUGGAGCCCGGCUCCUUCAACAGCUUCUCCUGCUACAGGUUGCACCGCGACGCUCUGGUGUUACAGCCCACCAUUUACCUUCAUCCUGAGGGUUUACCGUCUGACUACACCAUUUCUAUGAUGCUUCGUUUACUCCCUGAGACGCCGCAGGAACCCUUUGCAUUGUGGGAAAUUCUCAACAAAAACAAUGAGCCAUUGGUGGGACUAAUCCUUGACAAUUCAGGGAAGACAUUGACGUUCUUCAACUAUGACUACAGAGGAGACUUCCAAACGGUUACCUUCGAAGGACCAGAUAUCAAAAAAAUCUUCCAUGGCAGCUUCCACAAGCUCCAUGUAACUGUCAGCAAGACGUCAGUGAAAGUGGUGUUGGAUUGUUCAGCAGUGGGAGAGAAACCAGUCGGCGCAGCUGGGAACAUCACCACAGACGGGGUGGAGAUCCUGGGAAGAAUGGUUCGGUCCCGAGGCAAAAGAGACAACUCUGCACCAUUUCAGCUGCAGAUGUUUGACAUCAUCUGCAGCACGUCCUGGGCCAGCAGAGAUAAGUGCUGCGAGCUGCCAGCAUUGAGAGUUGAAGAGCAGUGCCCUCCCAUGCCUCAUUCCUGCACCUGCUCCCAGGAGAGUGAAGGACCUCCAGGACCCUCCGGACCUCCUGGUGGUCCGGGUGUAAGAGGUGCCAGAGGAGACAGAGGGGAGCCAGGAGUGACGGGACCUCAGGGCCCUACAGGAGAAGCUGGCCCACCUGGACCUCCAGGACCUCCUGGUCCUCAGGGACCCAGUGGACUCUCCAUUCAGGGACCCCCAGGUGUCCGCGGUGAGAAGGGGGAGAGAGGGGAGAUCGGACCAGCAGGACCACUAGGGGUUCCUGGGAGUCCCGGCUCACCUGGUAGAGAAGGCCCACCAGGACUCAGGGGUCAGACGGGGAACAGCGGACCACAGGGACGACAAGGACCCACAGGACCUGUCGGAGCGCCGGGAGCUCCAGGAGCUCCAGGACCAGGUGGGCCAGCAGGGUCCACAGGAGAUCAAGGACUUCCUGGCCCAGUUGGUACAAAAGGAGAUAAAGGAGAAAGAGGCGAUGUGAUGUCCCAAUCUGCAGUGAGGACAAUUGCUCGGCAGGUGUGUGAGCAGCUGAUCCAGGGUUACAUGUCUCGUUAUAACUCCAUCUUGAACCAGAUUCCUCUCCAGUCAUCGUCGUCAGUCAGAACGGUACCUGGACCGCCAGGAGAGCCGGGCAGGACUGGUCCUCCUGGUCCUCAGGGAGAGCAAGGCCCACCUGGCAGACUUGGGUUCCCGGGUACAAAUGGCCAGAGCGGUCAGCCAGGUGAAAGAGGUCUACCAGGAGAGAAGGGGGACAGGGGGAGUCCAGGUGUCGGGAGUCAGGGUCCUCGAGGACCACCCGGUCCUCCCGGCUUGCCAGGUGAAGGACGGACAGGCAGCCAAGGCCCACCAGGUCGGCCCGGUAGCCCCGGUGCAGCAGGUAGGCCCGGUAAUCCAGGAACCACAGGACCAGCCGGUCCGCCAGGAUACUGUGAUCAGAACUCGUGUCUGGGAUACAACGUUGGAGCUCAGCAGGAUUAUGGGAAUGAUUACUGAGGAACGUUCUCCAGGCAUCUUCUCCUCCUCCUGUCUUCACCUGGUUACAGAAAAAAUCCCUCCAAGAACACUAGAUGAGCUCCGACCUCCAGACUUUGCAGCAGUGGUUUAAAAACAAACACUGUUAUUUAAAACCAGUGAGGGCUUUGCUAAAAUGACCGUUAUCUCUUCUGGGUCCGGUGCCAAUCUAAAACACAUUAUUCACCUGAUUCCCCACAUACUGAGGUUUGAUUUCUGAAUAAUAACAGAAACUAAAUUUGCAUCGAGAUUAAAAUGGAUUUAUUGUCCCAAAAAAACUUGACAUUGCUGCCAUCACCAAUCACAAUGCCAUUUGUCAACAAUUACUCACGUCCUGUGCUCUGCAACAGCGUUCUCCCUCCACUUUCACCUGCUCGGAGCUCAGAUCUCAUUAAAACUAAUCACAUCUUUCAAAGCCAGAUCAAUCUGCUCAACGGUGAUGAAUAGCUUUCCUCCCCGUUUGGCUGCUUUCUCUUCUGAACAUCCUGGGCUUUUCGUCUUCUCAAAUCUGCAGAAAGCUUCACUGUUUAUCAGAUCUUUUCAUUACAGGAGAAAUUAUUUGAGUUUCUUUAAACCCUUCUCUUCACAUUUGCAUGUGUUGGUGCAACGUUAGAGUUUAGAGAACCAGCUGCAAAGCCACGCUUUAGUCUGCAUGCCUCAGACUCCUGCUGUACUUCUGUUAAACACGUUCUGUUGGUGGUGGCGGCAUCUAACAGUUUUUGUCCCAAAUCUGGAUUUAAUCCUCAUUCCAUAAGUUUAGACUCCAACUGACACUAAAUAUUCCCACCGCUGCAGUCCAACCCCUACCUUAUGAAGGCUACCAGCCCUACAACCCUGCUGCUGCCACCGCUAAUGGCCACCAGGGAGAUGAGGAUGAGGAGGAAGACCAGGAACCCUAUUACCAUGGUUACCCCUCUCAGUACCCACAAGAAGCCUCUCAGUUUUCGUAUGGUCACCAUGGUUACCACCUGGGCCACUCUGAGGAUCUGGAGCUGAGGUCACCGGGCGUGGCAAGCAGGUAUCCACGUGAUGUCGACCCGAAGAACAAAGGAGAAACAGAAAAGAAGGGCGGACUCACCUCAAGUGCUUGAGCCCUAAAAGCUACAAAACACACACACACACACACACACCUGGAACUGUGGUGACAGCACCAGUUGAACCUGUAAAUAAGUGGACGCUGUACAUUUGUGUAAAAGCGAAGUCCAAAAAGUGCCUGAUCCACAUUUGUGUCGUCUGGUGAAAACAUGAGAGCCGUUCUCUCACCCUCUCACAGCCGACUGCAGGAUUAAACCCUUUAUUUGAUGUUGAAGCCGCAUGUUUCCUGUGAGUCUAACUGGGAACGUGCAUCUUGUUUUCAUUUCAACUCGCCUGUUUAGAUUGCUGAGAAUGAAAACAUGACAUUUGUACAGACUGCUUUCUUCUACUGUUUAAUAAUGACACCCCCCCCCCCCCCCCCCCCCACACACACACACCCCAUGUCCUUAAUUCAACGUGUAAAGAGUGAAAAGUUGCUUCUCCACACGGCUCUGGGUUUGCCUCCUCGGCCUUUUCUUUGCUUCGCUGUUUGGAAAUUAUUUAAAAAUUAAAUUGUGAAUGAAUGAAAUCCUUUUUUGGGAGCGGUUACACCAUCUCAUUCUUGUCACAUGGGUGAAUUUUAUUUCAGGUUUUCAAAAUAAAAUUCCAACAAUAAUAACAAAUCUGUGCAGUUGUGUGUGCAGCCGGUUCCCCUUUUCUUAUGCAAAUCGGAGCCACUCACUGUGGAGGCUGAUCGGUGACGGGAGCACGACCUCUCGCUGAAAGAAAACAAAACCUGAAGAAAGUUACGGUGGGU